GUAAAGCUCCUUGAGUAUCUAGAAAGGCGCUAUAUAAAUCCCAUCCAUUAUUAUUAUUACUAUUCAAGCAGUAAGGAAAACCAGGAUGCUGACAGAAUGAUUCCUGACACACAUCUGAAGGACUGGCACUGAUGAGGAGCAUCUUGCAGAUGAUACUUCUAUCUCCGGAUCUGUUUGCAGAUUAUCUCUUGCAAAUUUACCAAAAGGCAAUGGCUGGAUGUUUCAGAAAGACCGAAAAUCCUCAAUAUUUAUCUGCAAUGGAAAAUGGAAAGAGAAGAAUGGGAAAAUAAGUGAUGUGCAGCUUUCAGAAUCAAAGAGUCAUAGAGUGAUACAGCGUGGAAACGCCCUCCAGGCCAACUUGCCCACACUGGCCAACAUGUCCCAGCUACACUAGCCCCACCUGCCCACAUUUAGUCCAUAUCCCUCCAAACCUCUCACAGGUUAUGUGGCCAGAAUGUGUGUAGACACCAAUCUUCUUGCGUAUGUUGUGCACAGCCUAAAGUUGUAGAUCAAGGCCAGGACAGCAUCAGUUACUGGGUGGAUGGCUUUGAUGCCACCAGGGAAAAGCCUCAGUGAGCAUCAUUCACGAUGUGUGGGAUGGUCUGGUCUGGAUGUCCGCAGUCACAAGCAGGGCUGUCUGUCAUCCCCCACUGAUGCAGGUGAUGGGCUGUUCUUGCAUGGAGGGUGCAGAUUCUGUUCAGGAUUAGCCAUUGCUUGUGAUGGAGGUCAAAUCCCGGUGGUUUCACUGUGGGGUCUGUGAUGACAUCUCCGUUGUUGGUGUUGGCAUCUUUCCAGGCUCUACACCACUCCGUCUUGGAGUCAAAGUCUUCAUGGGAUUUAACGGAAGACCAGAAGGGUUUGCGGGACUUCAGGCAUGUUGGGCAGAUUGUUAAAGUCAGCGUGGAUGGGAAGGUCGGGGUUAGCCUCGAUGGUGCACCAAUCUUUCAACAUCUUCUCCCUUCUGCAUAUGCUGGGAGCGGUGAUAUGAGAGAAUACAGGGAGCCACUACAAUAGUGUUGACUUAAGCAUCCCUGUGAUAACCCGCAUUGCAGAGUUAAGGACAGCGUCAACUCGUUUGGUGUGGCAGCUAUUAGCCCAAGCUGCUGAGCAAAACGCGGCUGUUGACUAGACUACGGGCUAAGCUUACGGUACGGAGGGUGUGUGCAUUGGAUCCCCAGCUGGUGCCUGCAAGUUUCCUGAUGAUGGUGACGUAGAAACCAAUACAAUAAUUGAUCACAGUAAUAGUUCAGAUCAUCAUAGGUCACACUAAUGGUGGUCCCUUAUCACGUAUCUAUACACAGUAAAUGGUUUGAUUGUAAUCAUGUUUUGUCUUUCUGCUGACUGGAUAGCACACAACAAAAGCUUUUCACUGUACCUCGGUACACAUGACAUUAAACUAACUAACUAAACCAAUGCUUUAUCAUUGACGAGAGUCUUGGAUAUUUUAUGUGGCUGCAAUUUUUGAUUGUGCAGUAUAAUUUGUAUUUACCAAAGUGAAGGUAGUUGGUGCUUCUUGUGAGUGAGUUAUUUCUUAAUAGUAGAUGGGCCCAAAGACCAUCACAAUAUCGCAUAUAUGAUAGUAAAUGUUUUACAGACACUAAAUGGCCCUUUUCAAUGACGGAUUACAAUCUUGGAUUAUCACUACCAUAACCACUGGAGUUUCACUACAUUUUAUUCUCGAAUAAAGGAUUGUGACUGGUCUAAAUGAGUGCACUUUAAUCAGUAUGGGAGCUUUCAUAUUACCAUAAACAUUAUAGAAGACGGAAAUGCUCAGGAUAGCUAUUAGCUGAUAAAUGCAAACUAAAUUAUAACUAAUUCUGCUUGAACCAUUAUUUUGCUUGGGGAAUGAAAGUAAUUACCAUAUACAACUGGUGCUCUGAGUGAUUGUGUCGUUUCUUUGGGAUAGCUGAGUUACUAAUCAGAAUAUAUUACUGUUCUGAUUGUGCAGUGGAAUUCCAUUUACUCCUAAUGCAGCAUUGUCAAGAGAUUUCUGUCUUCGAUGAUUCUUCAUUUACAUAAUUUUUACCUGAAAUACGAAAAUAAAAAUAUCAUCAUCAACAAAACGUUUGAGUCUAAAUUAAAUUUCAUAUUCAUGUCUUCUGUAACCGUAACGUUUAAACGCAUAGCAUGAAAUCAGUGCUUGUGUGGGAUUGUAGGAUUAUUUAGGCUGAUUUCAAAUAACAUGGGAGGAAAAAAUCUAAUCACAUGGAAUAAUGAAUUAGAAAAACUCACAAGACUAAAGGCGCACAAAUCAAUGCGAUCUGAUGACCUGCACUCAAGGCUUUUAAAAAAGGUGGCUGCAGAGACGGUGGACAUUUUUGUUGAAGUUUUUUCUUGAAGUCUUUAAGGUACAAGUACAUCAUCUCUGCAAGUGGCGAAGAUAGACACAAAAAGCUGGACUAGCUGGUCAGACAGCAUCUCUGGAGAAAAGGAAUAGGUAGCAUUUUGGGUCGAGACACUUCUUCAUAAGUGGCCACACACAUACACAACAUGGUAAGGUAGGAAUAUGGCAUAUUUACCAAAAAUAUGAGGCAGUGACUACAUUGGUUAGGCUGCACAUGGGGUAUUAUGUGCAGUUCUGGUCACCCCAUGGCAGGAAAGAUGCCAGAGAGGGUGCAGACAAGAUUCACAACUCCCAUGAUGCCAGAAUGGGCUUAAGGUGAGUAAGGCUUUGCCAGUUUUAAAGGCAAUCUGAGAGACAAACAUUUCACAAAGGAUAUUUGGAAUGAGCGGCUGAGAAGAUAGUGGAAGGAGGAAGAGGAACAACAUUUAGAGGCAUCUGGACAAGUACUUAAAUGAGCAGGAAUGGAAGGAUUUGAAAUUAAACACUUACAGAAUAAUGAAAGGCAUAGAUAGAGUGGAUGUGGAAAGGAUGUUUCCACUGGUGGGAGAGUCUAGGGCCAGAGGUCAUAGCCUCAGAAUUAAAGGCUGCUGUUUUAGAAAGGAGGUGAGGAGAAACGUCUUUAGUCAAAGGGUAGUUAAUCUGUGGAACCCAUUGCCGAGGAGGACUGUGGAGGCCAAGUCAGUGGAUAUUUAUAAGGCCAAGAUAGAAAAAUUCUUGAUUCAGAACGUGUGUUGAGGGUUAUGGGGAGAAGACAGGAAAAUGGGAUUGGGAGGCAGAGAUCAGCCAUGAUUGAAUGACAGAGUGGACAUAGAAACAUAGAAAUUAGGUGCAGGAGUAGGCCAUUCGGCCCUUCGAGCCUGCACCGCCAUUCAAUAUGAUCAUGGCUGAUCAUCCAACUCAGUAUCCCGUACCUGCCUUCUUUCCAUACCCCCUGAUCCCCUUAGCCACAAGGGCCACAUCUAACUCCCUCUUAAAUAUAGCCCAAUGGGCCAAAAUACCUAAUUCUACUCCUAUAACUUAAUAACUUGUAAAGCAGGCAAGUGGAUUUAGUAUUGACAGGCAUGGUGGGCUGCAAGGAUUUGGGUGGACAAAUAACCUGUUUCUAUGCUAACUCAUGAAACGUUGAUUGGCCAUGAGAAAGAGGGGUGGUGGUGUCGGCGAAGGGCCGAAGGUCGGACAGCUGGCCGGGUUGCUGACCGACGGGGUCACGGGCGAGGCGCUGCUGCUGCACUCCAUGGGUUGCACUAUGUCGGGACGGGCGACGCGGGGCCGGUCGCUGCGCUCCUUGACUCGAGUGGUAGCAGUCCCAUACGGGACAAGGGCAGUCCCAUACGGGACAAACUAAUUUAGCCCAAUAUAUAUGGGAUGUCGCGGCUAAUACGGGACAGUUGGCAACCCUAUGGUGACAACACGUAUACAGACGGAGGGACAACAUGCCGACUGAGGAUAUGUCCUUUGUGGAGAGUGUGUCCUGAGGAUAUGGCCCUUUAUGUACACACUGUGUAUUGAGGAACCCCCCUAGCAGCGGCAACAUGCAGCCGGUGAGUGUGAUAGGGAGGGGGGUAUCUCCUGGUUCUCCUGGGCGCUGGUGGAGCGGGACUGAGCGCACAGUUGACCUGUAAAGCCUCGCCUGGAACACGGAUAUGCGCCGCCGAGCGCAGGGCACUGAGCCGCGGAUCCGCUCACCUUCCUGCAAGGACACUCCUUGGGGCGGGGCGUGGAGCGGCCACAUUGUGAUCAGACACUGAGUCGGCCGGCGAGCACCAGGUUACUCACUCAUCCACUCACCCUGCUACUGGCGGCACCGCCACUCGGGACAUCUGCUCUGUGUGAGCUGCCAGUGGGCUGGUGUGGGCCGCCGAGUGGGUGUGUGUGUGUGUUUGUGUCUGUCACUGCGUGUGUGUGUGUGUGCAGAUCACCUGCGGCGCCCACACAGGGACCGCUCUCCAGCUGGGACUGACAUUCAGCAACGUGAACAGUGGAUCACAGCAUCGGACAGCAGAGACAACAGUCAUAGAGCAACAUUGAUUAAACCCCGGCGGCGUAGAAGGUAUGCGGAGUGUGCAUUGGAAGGGAUUCGUGAAGCUUUGCGCCACUUGUAACCAGCAUUUAUAAAUCGUGCCGACUCCAACUUCAAGAGACGUCCAGCUAAUGACACAUUCUGCAAUGAGACGUCCAACUAACACUUGGCGUCUCUGGAUGCUCCUGGGAAGUUUGGUGCAGCCCAGCGGUGCAGAUUGCGAAGCGGCAAAGAAGGAUGUCGAGUUGGACAUGAACAUGCAGUACAACUUUUCAAGCUUUCAUGCGGAAACUGUCAUCCAGAACUUGGUCCACCACAACCAGCGCAUUUAUGUUGGGGCAACAAAUAAGAUCUACGUCCUGAAUAGUAACUUAGAAAAGCUCUUUGAGUUCAAAACAGGCCCCGUACUGGAGUCCGUGAAUUGUUCGCCGUGUGCAAACUGUGCGGAAAGGGAAAAGCACUCGGAAUCUGUGUGGAGUAACAACACCAACAUGGUCUUGCUGGUUGAAACAUUCUAUGGAGAUCAUCUUAUUAGUUGUGGCAGCGUGAGAGGUGGUGUCUGUUUCCUGCACAAUCUCCAGGAAGAUGCUCCUGACAACUUUUCAAGCAAUGCCAAGUGUAUGUAUUCAUUGUCCAACAACAACCGUGGCAUGUGUCCCGACUGCAUUGCCAGCCCCCUGGGGACAAAGAUAUUGAUGACAAAGAGUGAUGGAUUUGUGAAACUAUAUAUCGGUGCAACGCUGAGUUCCGCAAUUCAACCAAUACUGUUACCUUCAGUAUCCAUAAAGAGGUUGAAGGAAUCCGAAGAUAGCUUUCAGUUUGUCUCUGAACAUUCGUACAUGGAUGUUAUUCCACAAUUCAGGGAUGCCUAUCCAAUUAAGUAUCUUUAUGCUUUUGAAAGUGGGGACUAUGUGUACUUUUUAACAGUGCAACGUGAAAGUUUGCACUCCCAGUCAUUUCACACCAGAAUUAUUCGGCUAUGCACCUCUGAUCCUUAUUUGAACUCGUAUGUUGAAAUGCCACUCGAAUGUAUUGUCAGUGAAAAGAGAAGGAAGAGAUCCUCUGAUAUUGAAGUGUUCAACAUCAUUCAGGCAGCAUACGCAGCCAAACCAGGCGCCGAUCUUGCCAAACAGUUGGGGAUUUCUAUUGAAGAGGAUGUACUCUUUGCAGUAUUUGCGCAAAGUAAACCAGAGUCUUUGGAACCUGCCAACAGAUCAACUGUCUGUGCAUUUUCAGUGGAAUCCAUCAAUCGAUUCUUUGAGAUAUUCAUCGACAAAUGCCAGAGAGAAAGCCUUCCAAAAGGUCUUUACCAUUUCCACGGUGGUGCCGAUAGAUACUGCGUCAAUAAAAGUUCUUCAGCCAAGGAGAGGGCUUGUGGAGGCACCAGUAACAAGUUUCAGAUGGAGAGUGCAGUUCCUGUACAACGAUUGGACCUGUUUCUUGGGCAUUUCCAAAAUAUCUUGUUAACAUCCAUCGCAGUUUUCACACAAGGAAGGGUAACGAUCGCCAAUCUGGGAACCGCUGAUGGUCGAGUUAUGCAGGUGGUGAUUUCACGAGUCCAGCGGUCCACGCCUCAUUUCACUUUCCAGCUGGAUUCCAGUUCAGUAUUCCCUGAAGUACUGGUCGAGCAAUCCGGGUCGGAAAAUGGCUACAUCAUCAUCAUUACUGGGAAAAAGAUAAGCAAAUUGCCUUUAACAGCUGCAAGGUGUGGCCAUUUCUUGUCCUGCAGUAAGUGUUUAACAGCUCCGUCCUUCAUGGGCUGUGGCUGGUGUAGUGGAAGGUGUUCCCGAAAGCAGGAAUGCAUGACUCACAUGUUGAACAUCUGCCCUGCUAUUAUCAGAGAGAUCUCUCCGCUAACUGCCCCCUCAGAGGGUGGAACAAGGCUGAUCAUUUGUGGAAGGAAUUUUGAAACCAUGAAAAUCGGUAAAGUAAGUGCUAAAACGACGGCCAUAAUUGUCGGAACUGCUCCCUGCAAAUUGGAAGCAAACAGAAGCAACAGGAACAGACUUGUUUGCCUAUUGGAAGCACUUAACGUCACACAAGAUUAUAAUCCAGUCUACAUUCAUUUAACAUUGAACAGAAAUUUAACAACACAAGCCGUCGGCUUUUCUUUCGUGAAUCCAGCGAUUACCAGCAUCUCUCCCACUUAUGGUUCAAAGUCCGGAGGGACCCGACUGACAAUCACCGGCAAGUACUUGGACAGCGGAAACAGAAGGGAGGUUUCCAUUGGAGGAAAAGCAUGUGAUUUAAAAAGCAUUUCUGAAACAAAGAUUGAGUGCUCGACUCCAGCCCAUGCUUCCAUGCAGAUGUAUUCUGUGGUUUUGAAAAUAGAUGCCGCCGUCCGAGAAUUCAAAAAUCAAUUCCUAUAUGUGGAAAAUCCAACAAUCACUGAGAUUUAUCCAGUAUGGUCAUUCUGCAGUGGAGGCAGCACGGUGACUGUGAAAGGAAUGAAUUUGAAUUUUGUGCAGUCUCCCCAGAUGGUAAUAACUGUACAACAAGAGUCAAAGAAGUUUCAUGUGGCAUGUAGAUAUGAGGAUAGCUCGAAGGUGAUCUACUGUCGAACUCCCCCUCUCAAUUGCUUUAAACUCACACUGCCCACGCAAGGCAAAGCAACUUUUAUCUUUGACAAUGUCUCCGUGGCAACGUUCAAUUUUGGAUACACGGAAGAUCCUUUGUUCGAGACGUUUGAAGUUCCCAAGGAAAUCAAAAAGAGUGGCAGCAAUGCACUUGAGAUUAAAUUUCAAGGACAACCAAUUCAACCUGAUGCUAUCAACGGCAAAAUACUGACAAUUGGAAACCAGAGCUGUGAGCACAUACAACUGAAACUAAACACUUUGAUUUGCAUCAUACCUAAGGAACUUCUGGCUUCACGAAGUGAAUUGGAUGUGCAAUGGAAAAAAGCAAAUUCAUCAAUUUAUUUGGGAACAAUAAUCAUCCUUGAAAAUAAGAAUUUAAUUCCAUUCCUGAGUGUGCUUGCGAUAAUAUUCCUGGGUCUUCUGAUAAUCGGAAUAUUUAUUUGGAGGUACAAGAAGAAAAAGAUGAAAGAUCUAAACCCAGAUGUAGUGAGGUAUGACGGAGGAACGCACACAUUGCACCUCGAUCGGCUUGUGAAUACAAGAGCACGAAAUAGUAUCACUACAGAAAUGAUAUCUCAUGAAUCUUCUGACUAUCGUACGACUCUGCAAGACGGUAUGAUGAUUUAUUGGGACCAAAGAGAUUUUGGGAUCCAUAACUCCCUGAAAGUGGCAACACAAGUAGAUGGACUGGUGGUGAUUUCACGAGUCCAGCGGUCCACGCCUCAUUUCACUUUCCAGCUGGAUUCCAGUUCAGUAUUCCCUGAAGUACUGGUCGAGCAAUCCGGGUCGGAAAAUGGCUACAUCAUCAUCAUUACUGGGAAAAAGAUAAGCAAAUUGCCUUUAACAGCUGCAAGGUGUGGCCAUUUCUUGUCCUGCAGUAAGUGUUUAACAGCUCCGUCCUUCAUGGGCUGUGGCUGGUGUAGUGGAAGGUGUUCCCGAAAGCAGGAAUGCAUGACUCACAUGUUGAACAUCUGCCCUGCUAUUAUCAGAGAGAAUCCCGCGAUUACCAGCAUCUCUCCCACUUAUGGUUCAAAGUCUGGAGGGACCCGACUGACAAUCACCGGCAAGUACUUGGACAGCGGAAACAGAAGGGAGGUUUCCAUUGGAGGAAAAGCAUGUGAUUUAAAAAGCAUUUCUGAAACAAAGAUUGAGUGCUCGACUCCAGCCCAUGCUUCCAUGCAGAUGUAUUCUGUGGUUUUGAAAAUAGAUGCCGCCGUCCGAGAAUUCAAAAAUCAAUUCCUAUAUGUGGAAAAUCCAACAAUCACUGAGAUUUAUCCAGUAUGGUCAUUCUGCAGUGGAGGCAGCACAGUGACUGUGAAAGGAAUGAAUUUGAAUUUUGUGCAGUCUCCCCAGAUGGUAAUAACUGUACAACAAGAGUCAAAGAAGUUUCAUGUGGCAUGUAGAUAUGAGGAUAGCUUGAAGGUGAUCUACUGUCGAACUCCCCCUCUCAAUUGCUUUAAACUCACACUGCCCACGCAAGGCAAAGCAACUUUUAUCUUUGACAAUGUCUCCGUGGCAACGUUCAAUUUUGGAUACACGGAAGAUCCUUUGUUCGAGACGUUCGAAGUUCCCAAGGAAAUCAAAAAGAGUGGCAGCAAUGCACUUGAGAUUAAAUUUCAAGGACAACCAAUUCAACCUGAUGCUAUCAAUGGCAAAAUACUGACAAUUGGAAACCAGAGCUGUGAGCACAUACACCUGAAACUAAACACUUUGAUUUGCAUCAUACCUAAGGAACUUCUGGCUUCACGAAGUGAAUUGGAUGUGCAAUGGAAAAAAGCAAAUUCAUCAAUUUAUUUGGGAACAAUAAUCAUCCUUGAAAAUAAGAAUUUAAUUCCAUUCCUGAGUGUGCUUGCGAUAAUAUUCCUGGGUCUUCUGAUAAUCGGAAUAUUUAUUUGGAGGUACAAGAAGAAAAAGAUGAAAGAUCUAAACCCAGAUGUAGUGAGGUAUGACGGAGGAACGCACACAUUGCACCUCGAUCGGCUUGUGAAUACAAGAGCACGAAAUAGUAUCACUACAGAAAUGAUAUCUCAUGAAUCUUCUGACUAUCGUACGACUCUGCAAGACGAUCCGUUCCAGAACUUAACACAAGGAGCAUCUUACAGACAGGCCCAUUUUUCCCACUCGGAUCUGACUUGCAUUUUGUCAAGUGGGGAGCUGGAUUCAACCACGCCGUUGUUGCAAAGUGACGUGAACAUAAACAUCAGCAGCCUGGACUCUGAACUACUGAAAGAGGUGCAGCACAUGCUUAUAAGUGCAGACGCCCUGACAAUGCACACUGCAGAGGUGAUAGGAAGAGGUCACUUUGGCUGUGUUUGCCAUGGAACACUCAUUGCCCAAGACGGGAAACAUGUACAUUGUGCUGUGAAGUGCCUCAACAGAAUCACCUGCAUAGAACAGGUAACACAAUUUCUGAAGGAAGGAUUGAUAAUGAAAGAUUUCAAACAUGUUAAUGUCCUCUCUCUGCUUGGAAUUGGCCUUCCUAACCAAGGAUCCCCACUAGUAGUGUUGCCUUACAUGAAACACGGUGACCUACGGAACUUCAUCAGAGAAGAAAGUCAUAAUCCAACAGUAAAGGAUCUUAUUCGUUUUGGACUUCAUGUUGGAAAAGGAAUGGAAUAUCUUGCAAGCAAAAAGUUUGUUCAUCGAGAUCUUGCGGCAAGAAACUGCAUGUUGGAUGAAAACUACACUGUAAAAGUGGCUGAUUUUGGGCUUGCAAGAGAUAUCUACGAGAAGGAAUAUUACAGCAUUAAUAAUAAAAGUGGUGCUAAAUUGCCAGUGAAGUGGAUGGCCCUGGAAAGUCUACAGACCCAGAAAUUUACAACCAAGUCUGAUGUGUGGUCGUUUGGUGUUCUGCUGUGGGAGCUGAUGACGCGAGGAGCGCCACCUUACCCCGAUGUUGAUUCAUUUGAUGUCACUGUUUACCUGUUACAGGGAAGGAGGUUGCUGCAACCUGAAUACUGUCCCGAUUCACUAUAUGCAGUAAUGCUGCAAUGUUGGCACCCAAAACAUGAAAUCCGCCCAACGUUCUCUGAAAUAGUUUCAAAACUAUCGUCAAUUAUUUCCACUUUUACUGGAGAUCACUGCAUCGAGUUAAAUACGACCUAUGUAAACAUAAACUGCAGAGUGCCCUAUCCACCUGUAUAUUCAUCUCAAGAUCAUUUGGACAGAGAUGCUCAGGCGUGACCAAGGACAUGGUUCUGUAAAGGAUCUUUUAUCAGCAGACAAAUGCAGGACAUGUUCCAGACUUUGCAAAGGAGAAGCCCUGUAUUACAUGUGCUGCCGGCUCAACGUGCCGAACCAUUGACAACUACAGGACUGAGAUAUAUCUCAAUUAAACAUUGUAAAACUGCCUCAUCAUUGAGAAAUAAUGAUGUCUGUUCUCAUCCCCUCUUCCAUGGAAUGGGACAAGAGUUCUCCUCGUACUUGACUUCCACUCCACCAAUCUUUGCAUUCAACGCAUAAUCAUUCGCAAUUUUUGCCGGCCCCAACGUGAUCUCACCAAAUCUUCCCCCAUUUCUACCUUUCCAUUGGACUACUCAUUUUGUAACUUCCCUGGUCCACUCUUCCAAUCCCCUCUUCCACUCGCCAUCCCAUGGCUCAUUGAGCAGAUGCAGUGCCUGCCUAUUCACCUCUUUCCCUUCCACCAUCCAGGGAACCAAGCUAUCAUUGUGGGUGAAGCAGCGACUCACUUGGACUCUUUCCAGUCUAGUCCACUGUAUCCAUUGUUCAGGAUGUAGUGCCCUCUGCACUGGGGAAACCAGAAGCAGAAUGGCAGAUUGAACAGCAGAGCAUAGGCGUUCACUCUUCAGUGCCCUGUAUGUCACGAUUUAAUUCUCAAUCCCAUUCCUUGUCCCAUCUGCUGUCUGUAACCUCCUCCACUGCCACACCAAGGCCAACGUAAGCUAGAACAACAUCUUAUCGUCCACCUGGGCACUUUACAGUCUUAUGGAAUAAACAAAAAAAAAUCUCCAAAUUAAGGUAAAUUGCUCAUGUCAGUUUUCAUUAUCUUGUUCAUUAUCUUCAUUGCCUUUUUCUCACCCCGUUUAUUUAGUGCCGUACAAAUGGUCAGUACCUGUGCUCUUACUCACUGCUCUGCCUCAACAUAUCUCUACAUGGUCUGUUGACUUGUAAACCCUCCACGCCAGAACUGAUGCCGGAUCUACACCCAAAACAUCAAUUAUCCUUUUGCUUCCACAGAUGCUGCUCCACCCAAUGAGUUCUUCCAGCAGUAUGGUUGUGCUCCAGAUGCCAAGAUCUUAUGCUUCCAACCCUCUACUCUAGCCCCUGGUCUGAAUAAGGGUCAUCAAAAUGUUCACCAGCUUCUCUUUCCAUAGAUGCUGCUCGACUGAUUGAGUUCUUAUGGCAUUUCUGUUUCAUGUUGUCAUUGUGAAAACCUGUUCAUAGCUUCUGCUGUAAAAAAAAAAUGCUUUGUUGAUUGCAGGAGAAAAAAAGUCAUGAUAAAUUUAAAGAAAAAUUCCAUCCUGAAAAAUUAAUGGAGAUUUCUAUUUUUUUAAUAAUAGGUUUAUUUUUAAUUAAUUAACCUCAAUAGCAACAUUAAAACUGGACCAUUUAAUCAAUGCACAUAAAACCUUUGAAAUUGUUUUCUUAAUUUCUUCCAUGGUCCAUGUACCAGUGUCAAUUUGGUCUUUCAGAAUCACUGAUAUUGUCAUUUCUUUUAAAUUGAAUCCAGUGAAAAUAAGAUGUUGAAUUAAUCACUGUGGUCGAUGCAAUAGCUGUUACUGCAAUUUACUGUGUCUUGUAUUAAAUUAUUAAAAACACAACUGUUGCUUUCAAUGGGGAAAGUAGGUGUGAACAAUGAACAAAGUCAGAGAUUGAAAACAGACACAAAAUGCUGGAGUAACUCAGCGGGACAGGCAGCGUCUCUGAAGAGAAGGAAUGGGAGAUGUUUUGGGUCGAGACCCUUCUUCAGCUGCCUGUCCUGCUGAGUUAGUCCAGCAUUUUGUGUCUUUGGUUCAAACCAGCACCUGAAGUUCCUUCCUACUCAUAAGGCAUAGAUUGCUUUUUUGGAAGCUCUGUGUAUUUUACUUUGGAAGAAGUGAGUCAACAUUAGCAACUGCCAUAAGAUUCUGUGCUUAAAUGGUACUGCGAAGGAAAUCCACCCCUGCCCCAGAUUGUCCCAAAUCCUGACCUUUGUGUCACCACACUGACCACUUCUUGACAAAUGUGACCAUUUCUGUUCACCUUUUGAAACUGACCAGAUUCAGAGAAUGUCACCUUUAAAGGGAAGGUGACCAAUGAAUCCAAUGGGAGUUGGAAGUCAUCGUGCAGUUUGGUGAGUAGACAGUGCUGCCAUAGCCCCAUAGUUAUAACAGUGGGACAUUUGUUU